GAUGCGGCAGAGCCCCUCCCGCUAUCCCCAGACACCAAGCCCCGCCGGAGCCCGCGCCCCUCGCAGCGCAGCAGCCGUCGCCGGCGCCCCGGGCUGGCAGGAUGUUUGACAAGACGCGGCUGCCCUUCGUGUUCCUGGACGUGGUCUGCGUGGUGCUGGCGGGCCUGCCUUUUGCCAUUCUCACUGCGAGGCAUAUCCCCUUCCAGAGAGGAGUUUUCUGUAGUGAUGAAUCUAUCCAGUAUCCUAUCAAAGAUGACACCAUUUCUUAUGAGUUGUUAGCAGGAAUAAUUGUUCCUUUCAAUGUAAUGAUUAUAAUCGUAGGAGAAGGCCUAUCUGUCUAUUAUAACUGUUUGCACUCGAAUUCAUUUGUCAGAAAUAACUACAUAGCCACUAUUUACAAAGCCAUUGGGACCUUCAUUUUUGGUGCGGCGGCUAGCCAAUCCCUGACGGACAUUGCCAAGUACUCCAUAGGUAGACUGCGGCCCCACUUCCUGGCUAUAUGCCAACCAGAUUGGACACGAGUCAACUGCAGUCUAGGUUACAUUGAAAACUUCCCAUGUCAAGGCGACAAAGUACAAGUUAAUGAGGGAAGACUGUCAUUUUACUCUGGGCAUUCUUCAUUCUCCAUGUACUGCAUGCUGUUCCUAGCACUUUAUCUUCAGGCCAGAAUGAAAGGAGAUUGGGCAAGACUUGUACGUCCCACAGCGCAAUUUGGUCUCAUUGCCGCAUCUAUCUACGUGGGUCUCUCCCGGGUUUCUGAUUACAAACAUCACUGGAGUGAUGUGUUGACUGGACUCCUUCAGGGAGCGGUGGUAGCUGUACUCAUUGUGGUGUAUGUAUCAGAUUUUUUCAAAGUAAGGGGAUGUACCUUUAAACCCAAUGAAGAUUCGCAUACAACUCUACAUGAGACACCAACAAAUGGAAAUCACUAUGGCAGUAAUCACCAACCAUGAUCCUGUGAAGUAUCCUGCUUUCUAAAAGAAAAAUGAUUUAAUGAGUCUCCCUAUGUAAAAUAAAUAAAUGCCUUUAAGGGACUGCUGCUGCUAUAUAUAUAUAUAUCUCUUGGAUGCUCACUUUACAUGUGUAUAUAGUAACAUAACAGCAUUAUGUGUAUGUAAUAGCUUUAAAAAUCUUUAAAUUCUAUUAGUUCAAGCUUACUGCUUAUAAAACACUUAAAUGUAAUUUUUUUAUUAAAAUAACAUGAUAACACUUA